CUCCAAACUCUUCCUCCACAGCAAAGAGCCAGUGUUUUUGCAUGUACUUUUCUUCAAAUAAAAGCAUGCAUUUUAUGGCUUGCCAUCUCACCUCCAGUUCCAGUAAAGAAUAUCAAUUAUCAAAAUGCAAAGAUAAUACUUGAAUGUAAUGUUGGCUCUGCGACCGCAUUCUGGUGUAUGUUGGGAUAUACUGGCUUGCUGACAGGUACUUCGGUCAUACUGGCAUUUCUGGCACGAAAACUACCAGACAAUUUUAAUGAAGCCAAGUUCAUUACUUUUAGUACGUUAACUUUUUCUGCAGUUUGGGUGACUUUCAUUCCAGCUUACAUUAGCUCACCUGGAAAAUAUACAGUAGCUGUUGAAAUAUUUGCAAUUUUGUCUUCCAGCUUUGGUCUGGCAGCCUGUAAUUUUAUUCCUAAAUGCUACAUUAUUUUGAUAAAACCAGAUCAAAACACAAAAAAAAAAAUCUGA